AUGGGGGCCUUGCAGGUGCCCCGGCCCGGCGGCGCCAGGCUCCAAGCCCCGGCGCUGCAGCCCGCGUCCUUCCGCGUCGCGCACCCAGCAGGGCUUCCCCAGCUUUGGCCCGGAGAGGUGGACGGCCAAACAGGAAGCAUCCGCCAGCGCUUCUCGGGCGGGGGCGGUACCCUCUCUGGGGACGUUGUGGGGAGCCCCGAGGGCUUCGCUGUUCCAGUGUGCAUCUCUUUUCUGGGAAGGUUCUACCAGGACCUGAAGGACAAAGAUGUCACGUUCUCCCCGGCCACUAUUGAAAAAGAACUGACCCGCUUCUGCCGGGAGGCCCGGGGGAAAGAGAAUCGUUUGUGCUACUACAUCGGGGCCACAGACGAUGCGGCCACCAAGAUCGUCAACGAGGUGUCAAAGCCCCUCGCCCACCACAUCCCCGUGGAGAAGAUCUGCGAGAAGCUCAAGAAGAAGGACGGGCAGAUCUGCGAGCUCAAGUACGACAAGCAGAUUGACCUGAGCAGCGUGGACCUGAAGAAGCUCCGCGUGAAGGAGCUGAAGAAGGUCCUGGACGACUGGGGGGAGACGUGCAAAGGCUGUGCCGAGAAGUCCGACUACAUCCGGAAGAUUCACGAACUGAUGCCGAAAUACGCGCCCAAGGCGGCCAGUUCACGGACUGAUUUGUAGUUGGCGACCCUGCUGCCCCGAGGGAGCAGCAGUUCCUGCCUUUACCCACCUGGCCUUUUGUAAUUUAUUCUGUACGCGGGCCCCCCUGAAGUGGGGUGUGAAGCCUGCAGCUGGGGCUGGAGCACCGUCCCCUCCCCCCCAGGGGGUUCACUUCGUUGUUGCUGGUUUACUCUAGGAUGGAAAGUGUCUGGGAUUUUUUUAUUAAAGGAAAAAAUUUCUAGUUCUUGGAAAA